CUAUAUACAAGAGACUACUGACUAGGACUAGGAGUACUAUUAGGCAGUCGAUGCCGAUUAUCCAUGAAUAUCAUUAACAUUUCUUAGGUCACAAUUGCCUUGGGUAGUUGCCUACAUAGGCUACAGCUUGACAUCCGACCCUGCUCAGAAGCAAGUUGCGCCUUACGUAUUGGUCUCGAACAUCCUGAUCCGAGAUUCGACUCCAAUGAGCAUCAGACGGAAAAGCACAACUCAUGAUCUUGCAACUCUACGCCUGCACCCAGACGGAUCGCGCGUUCAACAAUCAUCUAUCAACAGAAGAACACGCACAGCUCCUUCAACUGUCCCAGACACCAGAGGCAACUGGAUCGCCCGCGAUGCAGGGGGUAAAGCUGCUGUGAGGAAAACCAGAAACACUAGUGCCCGGGCGGAUGACGAGGACGGAGAAUUUAUCGAUAUUCGUCUCUCUGAUGAGUUGGUUGAAGAGGAACUUACGGUACGGACGAGUAAGAAAGGCAAGCAAAAGGCCACCGAGAGCGACUCGGAAGACAGUGGCGGGAAACGCACCGGCAGAAAUUUCAGGGCGAGGAAACGACGCAGCUUCACAGAUGACUGGUCGUUCUUGGCGCCCUCGCCGCCCCGUGUCUUUCCACAACCAGAAUCGACUUCUGAAGAUGACUCUUCCUCGUAUUCAUCUGAUUCUGAUUCUGAAUCGGAGGAGAUCAAAAUCACGCUUCCGGACCCAUCCCCCGAGCUGCUAAAAUGCAUCCACCACUUUGCCAGCCGUUACUAUCAGGAACAAGGUGUUUUGUCCGAUAGAAGCAGGGGUUUCCGAGACGAGAGGAAAACCCGGCGCUCCAAAAAGAGUGCCAUCAAUAUUCACGAUCAGACAACAAGAAAGCCGGCGCUGUGGACGAGGGAUUCUUCCCUUGAUGCGGAGGAUGACGAGGAUGAGUGGGAAGACGAGGAAGAUGAGCGUGAAGAUGGUGAAGAUGAGUGGGAAGAUGAAGAUGAAGACAUGGAAGAUGGUGAAAACCCUUCUCGCAACGAUGAAAAUGUGAAGAAGGACAUGUACAAGGCGCUUGACGGCUCGGCUUUGGUUGCAAUAGGCAUAAUUCUUCAAGAGCAAAUUGCACAUGCGAUGACUGCUGGCUUCCCUGCUACUCAUGCACAUCCAGUGCGGCGGCAGCGGGAUGAUUUCGCAGAACUCAGCUCUUCACUUGAAUCCGACUGAUACCACCCGUCUGCUAUCCACGCAGUAGUUUAUAUUCCAGCGUAAUAAAUGAAUUAGAUCGCGAGCAACAUACAUAGACGAGGAGAA